AUGUUCCUUGGUGACAGAUCCGCAAUUGUCCAACGAAUGAUUUUGGCUGAAAACGAUGCAGAAAGAGAUGCCGCGUUGAAGGAAUUAGAAAAUUUACAAAUCUCUGAUUUCACAGCAAUGUUCGAAGCUAUGACAGAUCUUCCUGUUAUCAUCAGACUCAUUGAUCCACCACUUCACGAGUUCCUUCCUGAUUUGUUGAUCAUAACAGAAGAAGUAACAACAUUGAGGACAAAGAAAGAACUCGGAAUAGCAAUUGACGAAGAAGAGCUCGCAAAGAAAGAGAAAAUCCUUGCCAAAUGCGAACAACUCCAUGAAACAAAUCCUAUGGUUGGAUUCAGAGGUGUCAGACUUUGCUUGGUCAUCCCUGGAUUGCUCAAGAUGCAGUUAAGAGCAAUUGCAGAAGGUGUUUGCCAGGCAUUGGAGAAAGGAGCACAUCCACAUCCAGAAAUCAUGAUUCCUUUGACAUGCCACAACAACGAGUUGGCAAGAAUCAAGCCACAAUACGAGGAGAUCACAAACCAGAUCUUCAAAGAACACAACGCUGACAUUCACGCAAUGUUCGGCACAAUGAUUGAAGUUCCUCGCGCAGCAGUCAUCGCAGAUAAGAUGGCUGAAUACGCCGAGUUCUUCUCUUUCGGAACAAACGAUUUGACACAGAUGGGAUUGGGAUUCUCAAGAGAUGACGUUGAAGGUGGUUUCUUACAGCAGUACAGAGAGUGGGGAAUCUUGGAGGCAUCUCCAUUCCAGACAAUCGACCAGGAAGGAAUCGGUCAGUUGAUCGACAUGGCAGUAGCAAGAGGAAGAUCAACAAGAAAGGAUUUAACUGUUGGUAUUUGCGGUGAACACGGUGGUGAGCCGAAAUCAAUUGGUUUCUGCCAUAAAGUAGGUCUUGAUUAUGUUUCUUGCAGCCCUUAUCGUAUCCCUAUAGCUCGCUUAGCUGCUGCUCAUGCUUGCUUGAAUGAAAUGGCUAAAUAA